AUGCUGCCGGUGGCGUACGUUCCUCCGCUCGCGCCGGCUGGUGUGGCGCAUGCGGUGAGAUCUUCUGACGCGAUGACGGCAGCGGCCAGCCUCUACCCUGCUUCGCCUUUCCUUUCAUCAGUUCGGGUUGUGUCUUCUGCAUCCGCCGCCGGAGGCCAUCUUUCUUCUGGCAGCGUGGUGUCGUAUUCUCCCUCCUUCGGCGCGGCGCCGGCCUUCCAGAGUGCUGGUUUCUGCGGAAGGAGUAGCAGAGCCGCAGAGCCUGCGUUGGAGUCAGCGCCGCGGGUGGUCACCGUGAGCGCCGCGAAUGGCUUGGUGGGGACUUCUGCCUACGCAGGCUUCCCUGUCUACUCUCAGGAGGGUUCGUUCCUGUCGUCUCAUCAUCGUCCGCGUCGCGCCUCCAUGGGCUUCACGUUCACGCCGGCGGGAGGCGCGCUCCAGGGUCCCAUGCCAACACAGUCCGGGAGCAGAAGCUCGAGCACAAGCCGUCGACGGGCUGCCUCGUCCUCCUCUUCGUCCUCUUCUUUCGUGCGCUCUCCGCGAGGCGCGGCGAGAGCCGCGAGAGGCCCCGCGGAGAGGAGACACUCCAGCCGCCACAUUUCGUCUCUGCCUGGCGCCACAGAGCACUCUGCAGCGGCCUCGUGGACGUAUGCGCAUCCCCCGUUGGAGUUCGUGCCUGAUUCCCGUGGGACGCGCCGGGGCUCCGCGUCACAAUGCGCUUCGUCUGGAGACUCGAUUUUCUCGCGAACGCGCCACGAAGUCGCGCUUCAGGCGGUCCUUUCCUCUUCAGGUUCGCACCGUUCGUCUUCUCGUGGCUGCCCCGUUGUGGCGAUUGAGGAGUCGCAGCCUCUGCGCCCCGCAGUGCGCCGUCUGUCCGUUUCACUCGAGGAGAAUGCGCGCGACCGGCGAGGGAGCAGCUCGACGGGCGCUCGCGCGAGGGAAGGCAGCGCUCAGCUAGGCUCCAUGGACCGUCGACUCCGCACCGUUUCGCCGGCGCCUGACCACGUGUGCGUCCCGUCUCGCGGGGUGUCUGUAGAUUCUCCUCACACAGGGGCCCGCGGGCAACAUCCUUCGUCUUCUCGCGCAGGAGGCGCGGCGCACGACCACGCGCCGUUCUCCAGUUGCCUGCCUCCCCUCCCCCCCGCGUCUGGCGGCGUGGGUGGCGGCAGCCUGGAGGCUUCUCCUCGGUCGUCGCUUCCGCCGCGCACCGCGAUCUGCGUCUUCGGUCGCAACUCCCUCCCGCCGUGUCAAUCGGGGACGCUCAGCAGCUUCUUCCCGCCCCUUUCCGCUGAGGAGCGUCGCCGCUCGUGCGCCGCGGCGGCGGAGGCCAGAGCCGCGAACCGAGUGGAGUCGGGAGUCGCGGAGGCGCAGACCGAGCGGGAGAACUUCUCGGGAAGGCCAAACGGGCACACAAGGCUUGACGGUGAAGAGACCGACGGGCUCAUGCGGGCAGGCACUCGGGGCGCAGAAACGGCGAGGGCACGCCGCGCCACGCGGAGGGAGACGCCUGCCCCGGCGGAGGCCCUCGGUGGACGAGAGGAGUCUGAGGGAAGCGGAGAGCUGGGGGAGAGAAUGCGCGAGAACGCGGCAGGCGAAGAACGGCGCGAGAGGGAGGAAGCCACUGACGGCGGCAGCGUGGCGCGUGUCCUGCGAAGGCGGAUUCAUCUGCAGACGCCCGCAGCCGCAGCGCUUGCCGCGGCUGAGUCGGGCGCAGGCGGGGGUGAGGCCCGGCGCGGGUCCGGAGGCGAAGGAGGGAGAGGGAGGAGUGCGCGAAGUGUCUCUCGCGAAGGAGUCCGUUGUCGCGACCAGGGCUCGCCUGUCCGAGAUUCCGUUCGUCGCCAGAGCGGAGAGCGCGCCGGGGGGCCCCCUGGAAUCGUCGGCGGAUACACUCCGUCGUCGGUCUCUUUCUCGCCCGCCCAAGGGUGGGAGACACCCCUACACCAUCACAACGUGCCUCAUCCUUCUGUGCCCACGCGCCGAUCCAUGUUGCCCCUGCACUCUCACGCGGCCUUUUUUCCCGGCGCGACCGCCGUCGGCGCCGGCCCUGGAGCCCCAGGCGGUCGCGCCUCCCGAUCGCGGGAUGAGGCGAGUCCCCGUUCGCGAGUGCGGAGGCACUCAGCCAUGUCGUCCGCGCGCGUUGCAGCUCCCUCGCAUUCCGGAGUGUCGUCUUCAGGACGAGCCACCGAUGCGUCAGCGUCACUGGUUGCCUCCUCUUCUUCAGCGUCCCUGGCUUCGGCGCGCGGCGCGCGCCUGGAUGGGCGGCAGGGGGGGGGAGGCGUGAUCCGCGGAAUUGGCACGCUGCUGUAUCCCUUCUUCGGCAGUCCAGACGUAAACUGGGCGUCCGCUGGUCAAAGCCAGUCGGACGUCGGGUUGAGCGAGCAGAGCAACAGCACAGACCGGGAGAGAAGCGGCUCGUCGUCGUCGGAGGGCGAGGAGAAUCGGCAGCCACGCGAGCGCCGCCGGCAGUAUUCGCGAAACUACUUCUUGGGCGACCACCCCGGCUGGAGACAGCUGCCCCCAGGCACCACGCGGCGACGCGGCCGCGGCGGCGCGCGGACUGGCGACUCCAACGGAGAUCCUGCGCUCGUCCCCUCCGUCACGGUAGCGCCGGACGGGACGAUUGUAGUCGAGAACUUCACUGCGGAGCAGCUCGACCAGAUUCGUGAAACUCUUGAGGCUGUCAGCAGGAUCCGAGGCAGCGACGAGCCCAACAGAGCUCGCGGGUUGUCGCCCAGGGUUCUACAGUGGCUGCCCGAGGAGACCUUCAACUCACGCCUCGCGGCUCGCAUGAGCGCCGACCUCCGCGAGUGUCUGAUCUGUCGGAUGGAGUACGACGACGAAGAAAGGCUCCGGCGGCUGCCUUGCCUUCAUGCUUUCCACGCUGAAUGCGUCGAGCGCUGGCUGAGCGACCACACAAGUUGCCCUCUGUGCCGCUUCGAGGUGAUGAAUGGUCUUCGGUGGGACUUGGCGUCUCCUCCGUCGGGCUCUUCGCGUCUCCGCACGGGCUCGACGCCCGCGAACCUCUCUUCGUUCUGCACCGUGUCUCAGACGCCUCAGCUUGUUUCACCCUCCGCCUGCAGUCAUCCCUCGUCUCCUUCGUGCUUCUCGGCGGGUUCGUCGAGCUCGACCUCCGCGAACGCAGAGGGAGCAGGCAGCAGCGGGCGAGCCCGCCGCGCCGAGGCUUCAUCUGCGGCGUCUGAGGCACACGCCGCAGUCCCCUCGGCGCCCUCGGGGCCCCCGCGACCCCUGCCGUCUUGGUUCCCCUCGUCGGCUCCCUCUGCGCCUUCCUCUUCCCUCCUCUACUACAUGGGGUCGCCCUCUGCGCAGCUCGCCCCGGCCUCUUCUCCGUUCCGCGACCCGCAAGCCCAGAACGAAGAAGGAGAGGGUUUCUUCUCGCCCUUCUUCGCUUCCCCGUUGACUCAACCUGCCCCUUCGUUGUCAUCAUCAUCAGCGGCAUCUUCUGCCUCCCCGCCCCCCGCUGUCCCGCCGUCGUCGCCUGUCGAGGUCGCCUCCACGUCUGCGGCUUCGGCUGCUUCUCAUCUUCUCCUCUCCUCUCAAUCCGCCGCUUCCUCCGCGACUGCGUGUUCUUCAGAAGCCUCCCCUGCGGCCUCCGCCGCUCCUCCAUCUGCCUCCCGCCCUGCCGCUCCAUCUGGCGCCUCCGUUUCUCCGGCCGCUGCCUCGAACGUGUUUCUGCGCGCCUGCCCAUCUCCGCCGCUCCCCUCUGCGGCGCACGCCGCCAUGCGAGCGAGCUGGGUCGUCCGAGAUCCUGCGUUUGCUUCCUCGUCCGCUUCGCCUGCAUCUGCAUCUGUCUGCCUGGCGCGGCAGCCGCCCAGCAGAAGCGAAGAGAGAGUCGCUCGGGGCGCCGCGCAAAGCUCGGCGUUUUCCUCCUCGUCUGCCAGACACUCCGCUGCGAGUCUCCACCAGGCGCGCGCCGUUCGAGAGGCUCACCCGGAGGCGGGCAGCGAGGAGACGAGGGAAGGAGCCCAGCCGGCAAACAACGGGGCUGCAAGGACCGAAGAAGAGCCGGCGGGGAGUCCGGUGCAGGGGACAAGCGCCCACAGCGGACGCGCAUCGGCGCACUCCGUGGGAUCUGUAGAUGCUUCGCCUAUCGCGGAGGACGCUUUCGGAAGAGAUCUCGCCCUCGCGUCUUACGCCGGCGAGGUGUCCUCUUGCCCCUCGGUCGCCACCGAGCACGUCUCGCUGGCUGUCGCCGCCGCAGAGAACUCGCCGUCUCGUCGCCCUGCCGUGUCGACGCAGCGCAAGACGAGCUGCUUCCAGGCCGCGCAGCAGCGUGUCGAGGCAGCCUCCGCCUCCCCUUCUCGCGAGGGAAAUGGAAAGGCGAGCCUGAGAGGGCGCGUGGAGAGCGAGGCGGAGCCGCGCGGAGAGCGACGCCGAGUCGUCGAGGGCGGUUCCGGAGCGCAGGCGAAUCGCAGCGGACAGGAAGAGACCGAAAUCCCUCUCUCUCUGUUUGCCGUCGCGGCCGCUUCGUCUUCGCUUCUCGCCUCGCCAGAAGGGCGCCCGUCUGAGGCGGAGGCAUGCUCACUCUCGUCUCGCUUCGCUGGCGGGCAGCUGCCGGAGAGUGGAGAGUCGACCCCUCCACGAGGCGACUCGCGCAACGAGGAGCUUGUUCUUCAGCGGGCGCCGCGCCUGCGAGUGCUGCCUCACGGACUCACCCGUUCUCAGCCCUUCCCGCCGGCUGCUGUCCUCUUGUCGCCGCGCGAGGAGGCCGCCGUCGAAAGCCAAGCCUCUCAGCACAAGCGCGAGGUCGCGACCGCCCAGCUGCGCGGGGCAGCAGAGGGCGAGGCUCGCCGCGAGGGGGCGGCGGAGACUCGAGCCCAAAGAAGCACGGAUGGCGACGCAGCGCCGGCCGUCGAUGCGGCGGCGUCGGCGAGAGGCGCCGGAGGGCGGGGCGGGGAGCUUCUCUCGCAUGCGAUGGAAGAGGAAAGGAGGAGCUCGUCUUGUCGUCUCGUGUCGCGGGAGAAUGCAAGCGUGCAUGCACUUCUUGCUAACUCGCUGCAGCGGGACGCUGGAGCAAGCGGCGGAGGCGGCAGCGAGGACAGACCACCGCAGGGGCUGGCUGCCUCGUCGUCGCUCUCCUCGAUCCCUCUUCUGCGAGGAGUAGACGAGGCGACGGCGGGCUUUUGCGCGGAGGGCUCAGGAUCGGUGUCGCACAGACCAGAUGCUGCGGCAGCCGAGCGCCUUCGGGCGGCCGAGAAGGCAGAGGCGCGGCGUGAAGGCGAAAGAAGCGCCCCUGCGGCUUCGUGGGGCGACGGCGGCGACGCGCAUGCGCUCGUGGCGCGGACGGAAUGCCGCUUGGAGACAAGGAAAGUCGCGAGCGAGUGCGACAUUUUUCUUGGCGACUCAUGCUCGAAAAGCCCUCAACAAAGCGGCACCGCGAGGCUCCUUCCGUCGCCUCGCAGAUGCGAGGACGCUUGA